GUUCUUGCCGAGCCUCCACCUCUCGUUUUCUAUACCGACGACGAAGGCCACUGAGGUUGAGAGACCAAGUGACAUGUAUGAUGUGCGUCGAUUUGCUGCGCAUAAUCUUGCGCUCAUUUACCGCGCGAGUGGUAACGACUACCUAGCUCGAAGGAUUUAUGAGAAGUUCCUUGUUUUCCGUUUGGUUGUGUUCCGUCCACAUGUUGACGAGGUGAUCCAGGCGCGUGUGGUCUCAUCGAAUAGUCUGGGUCUCACCCUUUCUACGGAAUUCUUCGAAGACAUCACAAUCCCUGCUGAACGUCUUCCGGAGCCACAUGUCUUCGAACAGAGUGAACAGAUUUGGUACUGGGAAUAUCCAUCAGAAGACGGAGAGCCUCCUGCUAAGCUCUACAUGGACCCUGGUAAGACUGUGCGAUUUCGAGUCGUGGAGAACAUUUUUAGGUG